CCUAUGGCCUGUAUAACCUAGGUUUUCAAUCAUCCAUGUCCCUCCUUAAUGUUCCCCCCCUUUUUUUUUGAUCUUAAGCUCCACCCCUUAAUACUACACGAGCGCUCGUUUAAUAUGAUGACACAUUGUGCGUUUUGCGCAAGUCCGGUGUGAAGGUAAACAAUAAUGUUUGAAAGUUUGGAAAUCCUGAACUUUUAAUUUUGAAAGUGUAAUAUCGCUGACAGGGCACAGCAAAAUGUAAAAAAUAAGACAAAAUCGUAGAAUGACAGAUUUUGCAUGUUACCGUUGAGAAGUUAAUUUGAAAUGGAAGAUCAAGAUCAUGAAGAAUGGAAAGCCUUCCAUGAGAAAACUAGAGAAAUAAUUGUGUUUCUUCUUUUGUUCCUCAGCUUAUAUUUUGCUUCCUAUUGUUUUAUAUUGUUGUUUAGAAAGAGAAAGAAUGACUUGUUUUCAGGUACUUAUGAAGAUGCUAUUGCAUAUAGAAUAUCAUUGUGGAUUUCUACAUUUUCAUUUACCAUAUCAAUUGGUGCUGCCUUACUUCAUCCUAUUUCAAUUGUAACUAAUGAAAUUCUUCUGCGAUAUCCUAACAGUUACUAUGUGCAAUGGUUAAACAGCUCAUUAAUUCAGGGUUUAUGGAGUCUUGUAUUUCUUUUUUCUAAUGUCGCCUUGUUUUUACUUUUACCAUUUGCACAUUUGUUUGUUGAAUCCGAAGGGCUUCCUGGAUCUUCUCGAUGUUCCACAUUUCAGGGUAUUAUGUCAAGAGUUAAUGAAGUUCUUCUUGUUCUUGGCUUAAUGGGCUUGCUUGUAAUGGGCUUUACAUACAUAAUGUCUGCAAUUCUUAGUGAUGGCCAGUACAGUAUUGCAUCAAUUUUCAACUUCUCAACAUACUAUUUGCCUUUUCUGUAUUCAUGUGUUUCAUUCCUUGGAGUUCUUAUGUUAUUAAUAUGCACACCAGUUGGAUUUGCUCGAUUGUUUACUGUUAUGUCAGAUGUUAUUGUUCAGCCAAAGCUUACUCCCGUAAGUCGCUAUCUCAAAAGUUUUGUGAAGCCUCAAGUUCUUUUUAUGGCAAAUGAUGAAGCUGUAAGAAAUUCUGUUUUUCAACUAAAUCAAGUUUAUAAGCGUUCAAAUUUAUCUAGGAAUGAGGAUAAUGGGAUAGAUGUGUCUAGAGAAGAAACCAAAAAUCUGUUAAAAUUCCUUCAUGGUUCUGAAAGUCUAAAUUGGACUAUGAAGAAAAGUUUUAUUUAUCCUAUUGUGAUGUUGAUUCUGGUUUCUUUAACAGCAUUAUCUGUAUUGAUUGUUUUUCAAAAUAUACUGGAAUUGUGCUUUGGAAUAAAAUCUCUACCCACGUCCCCUAAGAAUAUAACUUUGGGUGCUACUUCAUUAUCAACAUUUGGUCCUUUCGGAGCUCUUGUAGAAGUCAUACUAAUAUUAUAUCUUUGGUCUGCAUCUAUUGUUGGCUUAUAUUCUUUACCUCUGUUUCAUUAUUUGAGGCCACAAAUUUAUAAUACAUCUAUGACUCAGAUCAUGGGAAACUGUGCUUUAUUGUUGGUAUUAAGUUCAGCUUUACCAGUAUUGGCUCGAAGUAUAGGUCUUACAGAUUUUGAUCUUAUGGGUGAUUUUGGACGAAUUAAUUGGUUGGGAAACUUCUAUAUCGUGCUGUUUCAUAAUGUUGUUUUCUCUGUAACAGCUAUUUUGUGUUUGGGAACACAGAUAACUGCUGCUGUUCGUGCAGAACUUUAUAAUAGAGUGCGCAAAAUAUGCCCCAUGAUGAGUCCUUGUCCAUAAUGAUGCUGUAAUUUGAAUCAGGUUACCUGCUAUUAUAAGUGUGUUGCAUUAAGUUAUAAUUAUUAUAAAACGUCUCAAUUACAGAUUUAUAAGGAAAAAUUCUUUUUUUUAUGAAUAUAAGAGUUAAUGAUAAUAGAAAUUAAAUUUCUUUUGGCUAAAUAAUUCUAUAUCUUUUUGACUAAAAAUGAUAGAGCUAAAAUAAUAUUUACUUGUUUAUUCUUGUUGUUGUUCAAUUACAGUAGAAUUUGAGAAAAAAAACCUACAGACAUUUUAUGUUUUAAAGUACAAAGUUUUUUACUAAAUGACUAUAGUGGUUAUUUUUUCAUGUUAUAGCUUUUUUUCCUUCAAAUUGCUUAAGUUUAUUUUGGCUAACUCUGCAGUAUUUCUGAAAAAACUAUUUUGAUUUCGUAUUGAGACUUUAUUCAACCAUGUCAUCGCGAAACUUUCUAGUCCAAGGAAAAUGUCCAUUAUAUUUUUAUUAUUUAUUCCUGAUUGAUUGUUACAUUAUUUAAAUAAUAUUUACACAAUAUUAUGAAGCCUUAAUUUUGCUUUAUUUUAUCUCGUUUUUAGUAUCAUAAUUAGCUUAAAACCUGCUGGUAACCUGAUUAACAGACACACUAUUUUGUUAUUAAUUUUUUUAGUCUCUUUAACCAUCUAUCUCCUAUAGUGCUGUGAUAAAAAAAUUGAUAUGUAAUGUUUACUUUGUUUAUAUUCAUUAUUAUGUUAAAUGUAUAGUUGCAGUUAAUUAAGUUAUUUUUAUAGUGUUUUAAUAUAAACAAAAACCUUGUUCUUUUAAUUGUUUUUCGAAAAGAUAAAAUUUAAGCAUUAAUCCUGCUCAUGAUUAUAAAUUAUCUUUGACUAAGAAGUAGUUUCUUUAUGGGGGGAUUUAUAAUUGUGUCUAAGAUUAAUUUCAUAGUGGUAACUCUAAAUUUUAGAUUAAUGAAGUAUUUCUCUUACCAAAAAAGAGAAAAUAUUUAUAUCUACUACAGUAAAGAACCAACUAUCCGGGAUGCUUGGAACCAUCGCUGUCUCGGAGGUCCUGGUUUUCUGGAUCAGCCAAAAGUGUCGUUAAUCAAUGUUUUAU